AUGCCCCAGUUUCGCAAGAGGAAGGCCGAGAGCUCGAGCGUUACUUCCAGCACCAAAAUUGAAAAUUUUUUAGGCUUGGAGGACUCUCCAGGUGGUAAGAUACAACCAAUAAAGAAAAUCCCCGAUGAUGAUAAAGUUAUAAAUGCAUUGAAUAAACUUAGUUCGACAACAACUUCAGAGACUAGUGAUAGCACCGUAGUACUUAAAAUAAUUGUUUCCUUAACGGAAGCAGAAUACUUCACAUCAACUAUCGACUUGAUAACUGACCAAUUUAAAUUGACCGACUUUUUUAUAUCGAAACAGGUCGAAGGCUCGGUGGACCGCUUUAUCACCUUAUCAGGUAGUGUAAAUUCUGUAUGUAGAGCAUCUGUAUAUAUAUCUUAUUGCUUGGCUGCUAAGUUGAACAAUUUUCUGAGCAGCAAUUCGUUUACUCUAAAGUCCAAUAACUAUUGCUUAUCUUUCUUCGAAAGGCCUCGAAACGGUGGUGCCAAGUCAUGGGCAGCAAUUGGCGCAAGCAAUGGCACCAGAGUGUUUGACUACUCCGAUUCGUACUGCCGCUCUAAUAGCUUAGGUACUGUAUAUAUAAGAGGAGACUUCCAUUCGAUCUUCAAUAGCUUGUUAAUAAUCAUUCAAUCAAGAGAUGAACUUGCUACAGAUGGCCCCUACUACAUUGACGAUGACUUUAUACAGCAGGUACUGGUUACUGGAAACUAUGGGAAUCCUGUAUUAUUUCAAAGGCAGGAAGUUAAUGCUGGGGUUCUAGACAACCUGACCGAGGAAGUACUACUGUUUAUAGAAAUUCAGAAAGUUCUGUAA